GCCUGGCCUGCCAUUUGCGUGGGUGUUGUUGAUGGGUUAGUUUGAUAUCUAAGCAAUCCAACCAAUCCUAUCAGAUGGGUCGUGUGCGUACGAAGACGGUUAAGAAGGCGGCUCGCGUGAUCAUAGAGAAAUAUUAUCCCCGCCUGGGCACUGAUUUUCACACCAAUAAGCGCAUCUGUCAGGAGAUUGCCAUUAUCCCUACCAAGCACCUCCGCAACAAGAUAGCCGGGUUUGUCACCCACUUGAUGAAACGCAUACAGCGUGGGCCGGUGCACGGGAUCUCCAUAAAGCUACAGGAGGAGGAGCGUGACCGCAGGGACAACUACGUCCCAGAGGUCUCCGCCAUAGAGCAGAGUAUUAUAGAAGUUGAUACAGAAACAAAGGAGAUGCUUAGGAAGAUGGACUUUGACAAGAUACCUGGGCUGCAGGUGACGAAAGUUACCCCGUACAGCGGCCAGGCUGCUUCAUAUAGUCGCCAGGCUACUCCAUACUUUCGCCAGGCUCUUCCAUAUCCUCGCCAGGAUACUUCAUACGGUGACCAGGCUACCGCCUCAUACGAUGAUGGUCAGAGUAUUUCAUAUGGUGGCCAACAAUAAAUUUAAGUACAUUAAAGGUGGAUGGUGACUUUCAGGACUCUGAACGGCCUUUACUAAGAGUAAAAUCAUGCAUGGUUGUAGGAAAAAAGUAUUAAGAUGAGAAUCUUGUGAAUUCAAUGUAAUAAUGGUCAAAUGUAUAGAAAAUAUCGGUAAUAAGAUUGUUUAAUAGAACUUAGACAUGGCAAACGCUGUAGUAAGUUGGGUAACAUAAUCAUGGGCCAAGUAUUCGUAGUCUACAGUACUGUGGGAUUGCCUUGAGCAGUGACUGCUAUGUAAUAAUUUGUAACCAUUUUGCAUAGCUCCCCAGCUUUGAGUGUGGCUCGACACAAGAGGCCUCUCAGUACCAACAUGUUGCAGUUUAAAACUAAAAAACACAAAGGGUGCUAGACUUGAACACCGCCAAGCAGGUUUAAUAUUAAUUUGAUUUCUACUCAAGAAAUGCCGUUACAUUGAAGGAAAAUUGGCUAAGUAAAUCUACUUUAGUGUUAAGCGAGUAAAUAAGGUAAAUAAAUUUACUAAAAAUAAAA